CAAGCCUCAUUUGAAUAUGUCAUCCCUUUGAACCCACACCCAACCUUGGCAUGCCUCCUCGCAAGGAAGCCCAACUACUCCCCCUCCCUCAUGAAUUCCUUUCUUCCACCACCCGAAAACAAAGAAAUCGACGAGCUCGAAGAGACCGACAUCAAGAAAGAGUACAGAAGAAUAAGCAGCACCAGCCAUAGAGAUUAAUGAGAGAAGGCGAAUUCAUUCAAAGAAAAGAUUAGCUUCGAUGCAGCAUCCCGGGGCAAGGCCUAGCAGAAAACGCUUCUGGUUCAUCUCCUGCCUCUUGUUCAUUGCCCUCCUCACUGGUGGAGCGUUCCUUGUACUCUACAUCACCCACCCGGCGAACGAGAUUCCCUUCUGGUUCCCCAUUGCCGGCAUGAUCCUGGUGGGAACUCCUUGGUUGUUCUGGAUCGUGAUGUGUAUCUACCGAUCGAUCGCAGCAAGGAAGAAUGAUGUAGAGCGGCCGCCUGUCAGGGCUGCAGCAGUUGCUCCAGCUGGAGGCACCGAUGUCGCCACCACGACGGAUUCCCCUGUUGAUUCGCCUGGUGGUGCAAGGAGGGUGCGGUUUGGCAAUGCAACAGUAAUAGGCUCGGAUGUUGCAGGUGAGGUAGGGAGUAGUGGUGAGACGCCACAAGGGAAUGAAGCGGAUGGAGAGCAUACUCAUGGUAGAACUGGAUCGAGCAUCUCUGAAGAUGAUGGCUCAUCGCUCCGCUCUCAUGAGAGCGAAGCGCCUUUAGCUCUUUCAAUGUCUUGAAUCUUGUAUUGGAUCAUGUCUUUUUCUUUUUUUUUUGGCAAGUAACAGUUAAGAUCCUUUCCUCAACAUUGGAGUCUGUUGUUGUUGAUGAUGAUGAUGAUGUAGUAUCGAUAAUGCAUAUGAUCCCAUUCGAUCUUUCCUGACAAUUAGGCAAUAGGUGAGAAAAGAUCAUAGUUUCCCUCUGUGCCUCCUCUAUUUCUUCUGAUCAUGUCAAUUAGGAACCAGAGUUAUUCUGAAGAACUGCAGCAUGAUCUCUACCAAUACCUUCUUGGCAGCAUGAGUUCCCGUCUUAUUGAAUUUUUAGACUUCAGCAUAAAGUUCUCCAUUUUCAAGGUACUAACACCCAUCAGCUUCACAUCCAAGGUUAGGAACAUUAAUUGAAAGCUGUUGAGCAUCAUCUAGCCUAAAAAGGCCAUUCCUUCUAGUGUUGUUUCGGUGUUCCCUCUUGAGCCAGUCAUUCUGCUGGUCAUUUUGUUUUGCUCUAUAUGUGUGUGGUGUUGCAUUCUUAAAAAAUAUAGAGUUCUUAGAUAGUUUUAUGAUGUUGGCGAAGUUCUGCCUCUGUAAUCUGGUAGGCAGAUUUUUAACUCUUCUUGAGAAGAAUUCUUCGUCCUUAUAAGCCUAUUGACCCAAGAAAUACCUCACUCACAAGCUUUUUCCGAUUCCUUGCACAGGAAAUAGUACAUGGAGAGAUAUCACAAGCCCUGCUUUGAUUUGAUGU